GACCGUGGGGAAGUGCAGACGCUUUUUCUCGGUUCUCUGAAGUGUGUAUCGGAAUCUGCUGGGAAGUGAAAAAAGUCGGUGUGUGUGGAGAACAUCUUCCAUUUUUUCCUCCCUUUAUCAUGGAAAAUAUAUCGGGUGGAAAAUCCGCUUAAUUUUCUGUUGGUUUCAUCUUUUAGGUUUCAAAGUUUUCCACAACAGGGUCCUUCCGGGAAGGAAAACCCCCUAUAUCAGCAAGGUAGAAGUUUGAGUCGAAAGUAAAACCGGACAACACACCAUGGAACAGCUGUUGGUGUUCGCGACAACGUUGCUGCUGGCCUUGGCGGCGAGUGGAAUUGAAGCCAUGAUGAGCCAUCAUGGUGGGCAACUGGUUCCGGCCAUCGGACCAGCUGCUCUGCCUCCGGGGGCUGGCUUGAGCGAGCUGGAACUAGCCAAUAGCAACUUUUUCCGGCGCCUACGGGAGAUGAUCAUGGAACGCGCGUACGAGGAUGCUUUCAACGAUAUUGGCGAAGAAGCGACCCCUCCGCUCAAACCGGUCGAUACGUCCCACCUGGACAGCCCCCCGAAGCCACGGCUGUUGGAAAGCUGGCCCAUGGUGAAGCACGAGUUCGGCCAGGUUACGGCCGUAUCGGUGAACCGGGAGGGCAAUCCAGUUAUCUUCCACCGGGGCCACCGAGUUUGGGACGUUGAAAGUUUCAACGACACCAAUCACUACCAAAAGAUUGCCGAAGGUCCUAUCGAGGACAGCACCAUUCUGACGCUGAGUGCUCAAACCGGUGAAGUGAUCGAUGAAUCGGGUGGUGGAAUAUUCUACAUGCCCCAUGGAAUGACUAUCGACCGGAAUGGGAACAUGUGGUUGACGGAUGUUGCCCUACAUCAAGCAUUCAAAUUCAUGCCAGGGCACGAUUAUCCCAGCAUCACAAUCGGGCGUCGAUUCGAACCGGGAGCUUCGCGAAACCACUUAUGCAAACCGACAGCCACGGCUGUGGCCACAACUGGAGAGAUUUUCAUCGCCGAUGGUUAUUGCAACAACCGACUGUUGAAAUUCAACGCUGCAGGAAGAUUGAUUCGAGUAAUUCCUCAGCCACCGGAAUUUUUGUCACUUCAGGUUCCCCACGGGCUGACACUGCUGGAACAUCUGGACCUGAUCUGUAUCGCCGAUCGUGAGAAUAUGCGCGUCGUGUGUCCGAAAGCCGGUCUGAAGUCAUCAUUCGGAGAGGGAACACAGGCGGCCACUAUUCAGGAACCGGAUUUGGGCCAUGUUUACGACGUUGCCGCCUACGGUGAUCUGGUGUAUGCCAUCAACGGGCCAACAGCGGACAUGAUUCCGGUACGUGGCUUCACCAUCGAUCCACGCUCCGAAACCAUAAUCGAUCACUGGGGCAAGUUUGAGAAUCCCCACUCGAUAGCGUUCUGUCCCAAUGGGUCGGCCAUGUACGUCACCGAAAUCGGUCCAAACAAGGUGUGGAAAUUUGAGCUGGUCUAAGGACUACGGUCUAGGGACACACACCAACCUGCACAGCAACUGAUUCGAAACGGAACAACGUUUGUAUCAACCAAAAAACAAAAAUACACCAUUCAAAAUACUUUAUGGGUCCAGUGGUAUCAGCUGGAGUAUAUUAAAAAUAAUCCAUUUAGCAGUGUCUACGCAGUUGGUACGUAAUAAUCAUGAAAAAUAAUAUCCUCUCUACAAGGUAGAAAACCAAAGAAUAAAUAAAGCGCAGUAUAUCCAGUAAUCUACAAAUAAAUCUGAUCCAGGAGUUUCUGUGAGGAAAUCGUAACGAGAAUUCGUCGUCGGAAUGGUAUCAUUAACAUCGUCACACUCAAGGCACAAAGAGCAUCACUAGAGAACUGUAACUAUGCAACUUUCAUAAUCACAGAUUUGGGAAAGGAGUCUUAAUAAGUAUUCCAGCCGCUUAUGAACAAUUUUCCAGUUUGGUUUCGAGAAAUAAAAAACGUUUUGGGGGUCAUCUUAACACUUAAAUUCAGUCUGCGUAUACGUUCAAGAUUAUAGAGAAGUUCAUUUUAGAAGGUGUGGUUUAUAAAACCGACUUUUUAUCAGCUCAUUUUAUCGAUUAUAUAAAUAUAUCCAUUCACAAUACAAUGUUUAUCGAAAUGGAACCGAGAGUAUAAACACAAAUGAAUCCUUGUAAAUGUUAGAGUUGUUGAAUGAUACGUAUUUAGUAAAUGUUACAAAACUCCCCUUAUCACUGUAAUUCCUCUGCGGGAAGGAGAAUUUCUACCAGAAAUAAAACAGAAAAAAAGUAAACUUAAGAUAUCACCACAUGGUACAGAAUGCUGCUGGCAAUGUAUAAUAAACAUUUAUACUUAGAAAUAGAAA